UAAGUACCGUACCAGGAAUGUGAACUUCAACAGUUUCUGUUCUCCAUCUUUGUGGCUCUUUGUGACUAACAGCCACCGUCUUGUUCUUCCGCUUUCAUCGUCAACAACGACAGGGACAGAGAGGACAAAGAGAGCAUUGAUUAUUCUUGAUAGCACCGGUAAUACUGCGGCGUAGAAAUCACCACCUAUAGCCGAUCCGAAGAAGGAAUGGAAUAUGGUGCGUUCCAACAACGGCGGGGAAGCCACUCCGCAGAGAGGUGCUGCCGAGGAAUCCGGUGCCAACAGACGUUCGACGAAAAAAGCCUUUUCUGGACGGAGCAGCGGCAGAAGCAUCCGGACCAUGUGCGUCCUCGUGGCAACCGCUGUGUUCUUCUCGAGCCGCCAGCACAAGACGCUGACGAUUACAAAAAGGAAGACGAUGGAUCCUGGUUUCACUAGCAGCGACCCAGGAAACACCAGCAACAGCAGCGGUGUUGAUUUUGCCCAACGGAACCGUAGUGUUAGAAACGACAUUGGCGGGACGCCACAAGCGGCACUCUCGUCUGCCUCUUCAUCUGCCUCUGUUCCCUACUCGUUGGAUGCGGAGCCACCGAUCUACCCCCCCGAAUUCUAUCGCGUGCAGCAGCGGCAACGGGAUCGAAACGAUGCCACCAAACCGUGGCGGCACGCACCGAACCACACCGCGGUCGCGGAUGCAUCGUCGUGGACCCACGCCGAGCGCUCCUGGUACCGAAGCGAAUUCGAGGCACUCAACCGAGACUCCGUCUUUUCGCUCCUGUUGCUGGAAGGGGAAGGCAGCGCAAGCACGGACACCGUCCUCCAGUGGAGCGACGACCAGGACGAAGACUUUGGCUUGAUCAAGGAACACGGGCGGAAACGACACCAGCAGGGGCUCUACGAAUACCACGAUGUACAGAGUGCGGGAGAAAACGGUAGCAACCAGUUGCUGGUCCUGGAAGCAGCCUGGGGCAACGAUGCACACGUCGGCAAUCCCAGCGGCAAGACCGGCUCCACCACCAACAAGUCCGGCGAUUCGGCCAGCCCCGGGCACCGCGGCCGUCCCGAACCUUACAGGCCCCGGUUGAUUGUCGAGCCGAGCCUCUGCCACGCCUUUCGGCACGCAGGGGCCAUUGCCAACUUUUCGACGCCCCACGUCCUCGUCACCCACAUGAACGAAAACUGGGGGGCCCUGUCCUCCGAGGUCGCCGGCCGCACCGCGGAAUGGGGCGACAUUGUUCGAAACUGGAGGGCGCUCGGCGGAUCCGGCGGCUGCGACCCCCUGGAGCUCGAGGAGUUGUACCUGGAUUCUCCGCACACGCUGGCCGUCUUCACGACCCAGCACCAGGCGCUCUUCGACCACCCCAAGGUCCACUCGAUCCCCAUCGGGGUCGCCAACCAGCGGGGGUUUGCCGAGGAUUUCUUGGCGCGUCUCCGGUCCCAGAAGAAACGCUCGGACCAGCGGGCCAGGGUCGGAUCGAUGCGGGUGUCGCCCCCCGGGAGCGAGACGCCCCACGCGCCGGACCCACGGCCCCAGCUCCUCAUGAUCAACGCCUUUCCGUCGGACACCCGGGCCCCGCAGAUCGAGGCCGUCGUCCGGAGCUUUGCGUCGUCGGGCCACCGCGUGGCCAAUACGUACAAGGCGGGCGGCACCGGCUACUACAACGAACUCUCCCGCAGCAAGUUCGUCCUGUGUCCCUCCGGAAUGGGCUACGACACCUACCGGAUCUGGGAGGCCCUCUCCAUGGGGGCCGUUCCCGUUCUCGAGCGCCACACCUACCGGUACGAGGCGGUGGGAUCCGGAAGGGGCCGCGCCACGAUCCUCCGGACCGUGGGCGACGGGGAGGGAAACACCACCACAACCGCCAUCGGCAGCAGCAUCGGCAACACCACCAACAACACCACCACCCCAUUUUUGCUCGAGUAUUCCGACGGGUGGCAAAAGACGCUGGACGGCCUGCCGGUGGUGUGGACCGAACGCGGCAAGGACGGCGGCGGCGGCUUCGAAGGCCUCACCCCGGAAUUCCUGGAGCGGGCCUACGACGACCUCGCGGCACGCAGCUUUGCCGGGGGAUUCCGGUACGAGAAACUCACGUCGCUGUACUGGAUCCGCUUCCUCGAGUCCUUCCUGCUGCUCCCACCGGACCAAGCUCGUCGGGAGCCACCGCAAGAAGCGCCGUUGCGAAGGCAAUCGCAAACGCAGAAGUGGAACCUUGCCAUGGAAAGCCUCUCGUCCACCUUCAACCACCACCGCCGCAACAACCUUUGACCGCCGGAGCCCAACACUUUGCACCUUGGACAACCAACAACGCGGGAGCUCUACAUCGGCGGCCGGACAACAGGCAGCAUCCUUGUUCCCGGAUCGUCGCCAAACAAGAGAGGGAAUCGGCGGCGCGGGCGCAGCUUCUUGCGGGACGCCGUGCACCCCGGCACAAACCACUCCCGUUUCAACAGGAGGAAGGAACGUUCAAAGUGCAGUGCGAUUGCUGCUGUCGGGGAGAAAGAAGAUGGAUGUGGGACGACGAGGCUUGGAUUUGUGAAAGAUCCUUGUUUCUAAAACCUGUUAAAUGUACGGUAUGUGCCCUUGGUGUCACAACUACGUACGAGUACGUACGUGUUUACGAGAAGAGUGAGGGUGUUCGUUCUUCAUUUCUUACUUGUGAUACGGUAUGGUUGGUAGUACUUGAAUGGGGAGAGGAACGGUACAAAGUACUAGUAUGCUACGGUAGCGUCGUUUUCAACGGAUACAUCGUACUGUAGUACUGUGACGAUGAAUCGAAUAAUCGACUAACUUGAAU